CUAGGGCCACCAUGGAGGACUGCAGGCUGCGGCUCCGGCCUGGGACGUUGGCCCCGGUGCGCGAGGGCGUGAACCGCAGCUCUGGGUAAACGCUCAGCGCCCGGGCCGAGGGCGCAUCCCAAGCGGGCCGCGCGAGGGCGCCUGGAGACCCGCGCUUGCUGGGGCGGGGGCGGGGGAUGGUUCCACGGCCGCCGCGGGCUGAGCGAGAGGUCCCGCCUGCCUUCCCUCCUCAAUGCUUCCUAUGUUUCACAAAGCACAAGAACGGGCUGAAGUUCCCCACCUCUCUGCACAGCCGGCAGUUGGUAUUUCUAAGAAAGGGGCUGGACGACUUCAGGAAGGGCUGCCCGCCUUGCACUGGUCUGGUGACUCAGGUCCCUGUGGAGGGUUUUCUGCCCCAGAUUUAUCACAGAGCUCCCCAACUGGCCCCAAAGAAGAGGCAGAUCAAGCUGCUCAAGGAAGCAGACCUGCUUUCCAAGCUCUCGCCAGCCCAGCAGGCUCGGAAGGCAUUCCUGGAGGACUUGGAGGCCCACCUGACCCCACAUCCCUUGGCGCUCUACCCGAAUCUGGAAGAAGCUAUGCCCAUAGAGCUCUUAUUAAAGGUGCUGGAAGUGCUCGAUCCUGACCGGAAGCUGGAGGACACAUGGGCUUAUUGUCAGGACACCAGGAAAGGAAUGAAGGAACCCACAAAGCUUUUAAAAAAACGUUCUACCCAAGUCUACCUGGGACCUUCCAAGAAGACUUCUGUGUCAAAUGCAGGCCAGUGGCUUUAUGAAGAAAAGCCACAUAAAAUGGAUUUGCUCCAUGAAAAUGGUCCCUAUCCUGGUCUUCAUGAAAAUGUAUACAAAGCAGUUCGUGACUUCUGCAACUGGCUUACUACUUUUGGAAUUUCGGACAUUGAUGAAGAGUUCAUCUUGAAACAGUUUGACAUUGACUAUGAGACCAAACCAAGCCAUGAUGCGCUCCACACGAUGAAGCUAAAUCAGGUUCCUCUGGAGCUAAAGCGUAGUGUGGGGCUCAGUAAACUGCAGGAGCCAGAGUUCUUCCAGAAACUAGGCUAUGAGAGGAAACUACAGAAACCACAGAAUCCUUAUAAGCCAAAGUGGGUGAAGAUGAGGUAUGGAGCAUGGUAUUUGAACCCCAAGUUGUGGAAAAAGCAAAGAGCAGACGAGCCUCUGGUUGACCCUGAGGUCUCACAUAAAGCUCAAGAGGAGAAUUUUAAAAAGGAGCUGCAGGAACAGGAGGAGUUACUUGCAGACCUUCACGGAACAGUUGCCUUUAAGGAUUUCAUUCUAAGCAGGGGCUACAGGAUGCCACGUUUCCUUGAGAAUAUGUAUAUCAGGAAGGAAUGUAAACGUGCAUGUAAUAAGACUCCUAUAAAACGAACUCAAGCAUAGAAGAAUCGUAGGAGAAUGAUUAGGCAGAUUUUAUUACUACAUACUUGGCUAUUUCUCUGUCUCCUUUUAAAGAUUAAACAGAAUUUAUGAUGAGUGUCCCACUGUGGAUGUUCAACUUUGACUUGGCAACAUCUGCAAAUGUAAUACCUGAUGGUUAUAAACAUUUCUCAAUGGAUUUCUGCUUCAGUUAAUCAACAUUUUGUAUACUUUAUCACCCAUGAGAUCAAUAUUCACAUGUAAUCUCAUAUUUUUGUAGCAUGUGAAUAUUAUAUAGGUAUAUCAACUAUUUGUAAAAAUAAAUAAAGGCAUAAAUAAAAACAGAAUCACUCUAUUGCCCUUUUCCCAGGUUUUUCCCCUGGUAUUGAAUGAGUACCUCCUUUCCUCUUCCUUUACAUAUUAUUUUCUUUCAUUUUGAAUUAAAUUUACUGAGAUAUUUUUUCCUUUUGUUGGCAUUGCCAUGGGUGGAUAUGGUCUGUUUGGCCCCGCUAAAUCUUAUGUUGCAGCUUGAUCCCCAGUGUUGGAGGUGGAGGCUGGUUUGAGAUGUUUGAGUCAUGGGGGUGGAUCCCUCAUGAAUGGCUUGGUGCCAUUCUCACAGGAGUGGGUGAAUUAUCACUCUUAGUUCCUGUGAGAACUGGUUAUUGUAAAGAGCCUGGCUCCUCCUCCUCUCUCUUGCUUGUUCUCUCACCAUGUGAUGUCUGCACAUGCUAGCUCCCCUUUCCCUUGUGCCACGAGUGGAAGAAUCCUGAAGCCCUCACCAGAAGCAGAUGCUGGCACCAUGCUUCUUGUACACCCUGUAGAGCUAUAAGCCAAAUAAAUCUCUUUUCUUAAAAAUUA